AUGUAUGUGUUUUUCAAGUUUAUUUUUUUUCAAGUUUGUAUUUUUCUGUAUUUUUUCAAGUUUAUUUUUUUCAAGUUUGUAUUUUUCAUUUUUGUAUUUUACAAUUUGUAUUUUUUCAAGUUUAUUUUCUCCUUAAUACUAUUUCUUUAUUCAAGUUUGUAUUUUUUCUUCUCUAAUUUUACUAUUUGUGUUUUUUCAAGUUUAUUCCUCAAUAUUUAUCCUUUCAAGUUUGUAUUUUUUCUAUUUAAGUUUGUAUUUUCAAUAUAUCUUCUCUUUAAUGAACAAACUUGCAAUAAUUUUUUAAGUUUAUUUAAGUUUGUGUAA